GCUCCACCGCCGCCCGACUCUCGCCGUCGCCGUCGCCGUUCCGCCGCGCCCAUGGCGAAGACGCGCGCGCCCAAGAAGAUCCUCGAGUCCUACACCAUCAAGGGCUCCGACAAAGUCAUCAAGCCUGGGGACUGUGUGCUAAUGAAGUCGGUUGAUACAUCAAAGCCACCCUAUGUGGCAAAAGUUGAGUCCAUUGAGGCAGCUGGUUCUCGAGGAACAAAUGUGAGAGUACGGGUGCGUUGGUAUUAUCGUCCAGAGGAAUCCAUUGGUGGGAGGCGACCAUUUCAUGGUUCCAAGGAGGUCUUUCUCUCUGAUCACUAUGAUGUACAGAGUGCUGACACAAUAGAAGGAAAAUGCAAUGUCCACAGCUUCCGUAGCUACACAAAGCUUGAUUCAGUUAAUGCUGAGGACUACUUCUGUCGCUUUGAGUACAAAUCAGCAUCGGGCAGUUUUGUGCCCGACCGUAUAGCUGUGUUUUGCAAGUGUGAGAUGCCGUACAAUCCUGAUGACCUUAUGAUCCAGUGCGAGGAAUGCUCUGACUGGUUUCACCCUUCUUGUAUCGGAAUGAGCAUCAGAGAAGCAAAGAAACGUGAGCACUUUUUCUGCCAGACCUGUACUGCUGAAAAUGGAAAGACGGCUGAGAAUUCUCAUGAAGCUACAGCGCAGUCAGAUGAAAAGCCGGUGGAGUCAAAAAGGCGGAGAAGGUGAUGGCCUGAAUUAAUCUAUGGAAAUUUCACACGGAUGUACAAACUACAUAGCCUUCUCUAGUCUGAGAGUCUCUGAUUUAUUUGUCAUCAUGGCAGUCUGUGAUCCCUUCUAAUGUCAGGCAUGCAAUGUACAUAACUUGCAACCUGAGAUUGAUUGUUGUAUUAGGAGAAAAAUAGGAUUUGCAUUCUAGCGUCGGAGUUUGAGUAGGUUCCUGUGGGCGUUAGGGUUCCCUUAUUAUGCAGCUGGGCCUGCCCGGCCUUUUAUGUUUGUGAGAGUCUGACCUUUGUAUCUUCCACGUGGAAUAACGUUUCGUCUUUUGCUU